AUGAGUCUUCUUCACUCAGUCAACCCAGUAACCACUCCAUCGCCACAUCCUGGCAAGCUCCAGCAGCUCCUCAGCCCCUGCUUGCCCACAGCGAUGCCCCCUUCUCCCCAGUCCCGCCUUAUCCCAGUUCGGAGCUCCAGCUCCCCGAUAUGGCUCAGCAACUUCUCCCUGUCCCAGCUGGUUCCAGUGUCCAACCUAGGGUCCCUAUCGGAUCCAGUGACCCCUCCACUUCCUGACCCUCUGCAGGUUCUGCUGGCUGACCUUGCUUCAGCAGCACUCACCUCUCUACAGACCCUCCAACCCCCUGUGUGGCCUAACACCACCAUGGCUGCCCCCCUCCACUCUGCUGAUGGCCUUCCAGCUCACCAUGGCUCCAUGCAGGCUGUUUCUGGAAACUGGAGGCAGGCACUUCACUGCUACCCAGACCCGUUUUUCGUUGUUCAGCUUUUGGGAGCGAUCGAGCAUGGCGUCCACCUUGGUUACUCUGGCCCUCUCCGCCACUGCGGUUGCCACCAUCACAUCAAGAAUCUGCCAAUGGAUGACAGGAGCAAGUCACACAUCUGGUCUGAGAUUUCUGCCUGGGUCCAGGAGGGCUGGCUCCUUGAGGUUGAUCCUCAGCAGUUCAACCUGGUCUGCUCACCAGUUGGCACAGUUCCCAAACCGUGCUCCUCCAAGCUGCAUACCAUUCACCAUCUAUCCCACCCUCGCCCUCCCUGUCCAAAGCAACUACUGUCAGUCAAUGAGGGGAUCACACCUCACUUCACCAUGAUCCGGUAUGCCUCAUUGGCCAAGAUACUAGACUUUGUGCAGGAGCACCUGGGUUGUCACCUCUGGAAAAGUGACCUGACUGAUGCUUUCCGGCAUGUCAUCACCACCCUUGCUGAUGCUCGUCUGCUCAGCUUCUCCUUUGACGGUCAUUUCUUUAUGGAGACCGGCCUCACCUUCAGGGGUCACAGCUCCCCCUGGAUCUUCAACCUCUUUGCUGAGGCCCUGCACUGGAUCGUGCAGUUGGCUAUGGGUCACCCUGUCGACCAUUACCUGGACGAUUUCUUUGGGGCAGUCCCAGCCUCCACAGACCCUGGCCAACUGCUGCAUGUGCUUGCUCUGGCUUGCUUGGCUUUGGGUCUCCAAUUGGCCCUGCAAAAAACCUUCUGGGACACCACCAAGCUGGAAAUCCUUGGCAUCCAGAUUGACUCUGUCCAGCAGAGUGUCAGCAUCACCUCCGAAUGGUGCAUAUGCAUCUUGGAGGCCAUUGACAAUCUCCUACACCAGUGCUCUGCUCACCUCCUCGACUGGCAACGUGUCGCCAGUCUUCUCCAGUUUGUCUCCCAAGUCGUUCCCCAUGGUAAGGCAUUCCUGCACCAGCUAUACGAUGCCAUCAAGACCGCCCAUCGUUGCCCCCUGUCCCUCUGGUGUGUCUCCCGACCAGCAGCACUUGAGCUCAGGUGGUGGAGGUCCACCCUUCAGGCCUGGCUGGGUCACUCCCUCCUACAGCCCUCACCACUCUUCAUUAGGCACAUCUGGACCGAUGUGUCCAAGCGAGGAUUUGGAGCCCACCUUGGGCCUAUGCAUGCCCCUGAAGCGGCCUUCUCCCGGGAGGUCCCCCAUUGCCACUGGUCGAAGGAUAUCUGUUUUCUGGAAGUGCUCGCUGUUCUGGAGGCACUCUGCACCUUCCUUCCUCUCUGGUCUGGUCCUCACCUGGUAGUUCUCCAUGUGGACAACACCAAUGUCAAAUUCAGUCUCUGCAAUGGCCGUUCCCACGACCCAUUAACCCAGACCCUGCUCCGUGAGAUCUUUGGGAUUUGCUUUCGGUGGCAUGUCACCCUGCAGCCAGUCCACAUUGCCUUGGAGGACAACUGCCUGGCUGACCUCCUUUCUUGCCAAUGUUUCCUUGCAAUACAGACAUGCUUCCCAGUGGUGCAUUGGCUCCUCUUCCAUCCCACCUCUGCGGAGCCCCAACAGCCUUUGUUGCCACCACCAGCUGUUCCCCCCUUGCCACUAUGUACAUAUGGCAGGGCCAUGCUGCUUCCAGCCGCAGCCGUAGCGCCAGUGUCCCUGGCCGCUAUCGAGCAUUUGUCGAUCACCGUUUCAGACCCAGCACCCCACCAUUCCCAGCCUCUGACUUGCUCCUCACUGAGUGGGUCUGUGACCUGGCCCAGUCCCACUCCUUCCACAGUGUCUGGCACGAGCUCGAUGCUCUCCGUUCCUGGCACGUUGAUCUCAGCUUCACCCUCGAUGGGUUCUGCCAUGGCUGCCUGGAGCAUGCAGUUCACAGCAUCAAACGCACCCAUGGCCUCUGGCCAGCAGCUCCCAAGCUGCCCAUCACUCUCCCACUCCUCUGGGCCAUCCUGGGGCAACUCCAGACCCUCCCCCUUGGUGCCUGGGACUGCCAGGUCAUCACCACAGCUUUUGCUGUCUCCUUCUCCUGCUUCCUACAGUGUGGGGAGGUCACUUGGAGCCGGGCUUCACCAGCCACUCUGCUGGUUGGGUUGGUCAUGUGGCAGGACGACUAUGCCAUCCUUCUCCUCCCAGCGUCGAAGACCAAUCCCUUCCGACUCAGAACCCCACUUGUGGUCCCCCGCAUUGGUGGGGUGGAGUGCCCAUAUGCCGCCCUCCACCUCCUCUGCCCCUCUGUCUGCCGGCUGGAUGCCCCCCUCUUUGGGUUGCAUGAUGGGUACAAGCCACUCUCCUGUUCCACUUUCCUCCAGCACCUCUGCUCGGCUCUCUCUCGACUUGGACUGGACAUGUCUCAUUAUGCAGGGCACUCUUUCUGUCGAGGGGUGGCCACUUGGGCUGUGUCACAGGGCAUUGAUGCAGACACCAUUAAGCUUCUCGGGCACUGGAACUCAGACUGCUAUCAUCGAUAUAUUGACUGAUUGGCAUCUGAGAGGCACACCAUGGUUGCAGCAGCCCUCUACUUGUCCCAUCAGGGACCCCUCGUCCCUCCCAGUCCCUCUUGGCAGGACCUGGUCCUCUAAACUCAACCUUGGUGGGGCCCCCCCAGCCCCUCUGCCAUGA